AUGGAUCAACUGAAGUUGGAGCUCAAGAGAUUUGAACGAAAGUUUGAGAGCAAGUAUGGGCGAACUCCGACUCGCGAAGACAUAAGGUCUUUGCCUGACAUUAAGAACAAAUAUAAGCAGUACGCGGUACUUCAGGUGGACAGGGACCGAAAACGCGCAGUAGAGAAUUCAGUGACCGAACAUACGCCGCAGAAAGAACAAUCUGUAGAGUUUGGCCCAACACCUCAAAUUUACGGGAAAGUUAUGGGCUUGUUCGACCUGCGAAUGUCGCCUAUAAAAAACGCAACGGUGCGUUCCCCGGGACUACUUUCUGGACAGGGAAACAAAACCUUGGAGCCCCCGAAACCCACAGGUUCAGCAAUUUACGCCAGAUACACGCUUACUCCAAGGAAAUCUCCGAAAAGUACCAGCAAAUAUGGACCAAACUCACCGUUGAAGUUUGACGAUGUACAUUUAUCCGUCAGAACUCCAAAACGCAACCUUCAGAGCUUACUGGCUGCGAACGGGGACUCAAGUGUAGGGAGCCCUUCUCCAAUCAUCAAGAGGCCAUUAGGAAAGCCGUUACUGCAGAUUGCUCGUGAAACAGAGAAAAUAUUGGAGGAAAUGGAAGAAUUUAGUGACGAGGACGUUGUAUCCAGAAAUGUCAGGGACGUUUUCCGAAACGAAGAUGGCUCAGAAGACGAUUUAGAUACCGAGGAUGAAGUGCAAGAGCAAGAAAAAAUUGUGCCCAAGCGUUCUAAGCGUAAGCACAUUUUACGCCCUGCUAAGAAUGCUUUGGCCUUAACGUCAGAACCCCCUCAAGUAAACAUCAAAGAGGAAAUGGCGCGACUCAAGCAAGAAGCUCUCGACGAGCUUCGUGGAAUACAACCUUCAGGAGCAGCGGUGAGUCAAGCAACGACGGCAAAGACUGCCACAACAAAUGCCAACCCCAAGCGCAGCAGAAAUAGGAAGUAUAAUCUCGUCAGCAGUAAUUUCCGUCGUUUGAAGCUGCCAACGUCUAAAGGUAGGGGAAAUAAGAGAUGGGGCCGCCGUUAA